AUGUCACAUCGCGCGGAUGCCUCUAACACGCUCGAUAACCGCGGGUACAGCGGGCCCCUCAUCAGGGGCCAAAACCCGGCCCUCCUUCUCGAGACUGCCAUGCGCGACCGCAUAACAGACUCUUUGUACUGGAAAGAACAAUGCUUCGGCCUCAACGCAGCGACGCUCUGCGACCGAGCAGUCGAACUCACAUACAUCGGCGGCACAUACGGCGUUGCCAUGAAACCUACGCCCUUCAUCUGCCUGGCAUUCAAACUCCUCACGCUGGUUCCUGACCGGGAGAUCGUUCUGGAGUAUCUGAAGAACGGGGGUGAAGAGUGGAAAUACCUACGCGCGCUGGCCGCUUUCUACGUGCGCCUCACAUUCAAUGCGGCUGACGUAUACAAGACUCUGGAACCACUCCUUGAGGACUCGCGGAAGUUGAGACAAAGGAGAAAAGAGGAAUACGUCCUGAUUCACAUGGACGAGUUUGUGGAUAAUCUGCUCACUAAGGACAGAGUUUGCGGGACAACCUUGUGGAAACUACCAGCUAGACAGGUGCUAGAGGAUCUAGACCAGCUGGAAGAAAGGGUCAGUCCGCUGCAGGCUGAGUUGGAUGCUAUGGACGAGGAGAAUGGUGAUCCAGAUGACUUGAUGGAAGAUCGAGAAUGGGAACAGCCCCAGGUCGCUAAGGAGUAG